AUGGAAGCUCAUACAACUAGGGGAACUGUGCAGAUGGAAAUGAUAUAUCCUACGGCUUGCAAAACCAUUCAACAAAGAAGCUCUGUUUGUCAAUUAACUCCACCUCCCCCCAAUGAUUGUUGUUUGGCUGUCGAUCCGUGCCUAAAACGCGAACAUCUAUUUCCGACACAGAAUGGCGGUUUCGAGAAACAAGGGCGUCGUGUUGGCAAAGAAAAAAGAGACGGCUACUACUCAUUGAGUACUCUGUACGGAGUACGGCGGGAGGAAUUGCAUGCAGGAGACGACGGCUCCAAUAAUGUCCACUGUUGGUCAGGGCGAACGGUCGGCAAGGCAAGACAGAAUCAUUCCUCUAUGUAUGUACAGUACAUGUUGGCUCCUUACUGGCCUUGCAGUAUGGGAAUGAAGUCAAUGCUCCAGACCCCUGUUCAUUGGGGCUUGGAAACAUCGACGAAAAGGAUCGGCCAGAUGCAGGAAAUCACAUCUUAUUGGGCAGAUCACAUCACAUUUCCCAGUGAAGAUGCGGUCCAGGGACGAGUGAUAUCUCAAAGCACAGGCUUUAGCUUGAAAUUCGGGUUGAGUUGGCCGCGAACACACCCUCUGGAAUUAUUUGACUAA